AUGGCUUGGAUGGUUUUUAAUUUCUCCCGGCUGGAGUUGGAAAGGGGCGUUUCGCUGGCCCUACGCCAGGCGGUGCUGGGAAAGUCAGUGAUUGGCUGUGCCGUGCACCGGAGUGGUCCUCAAAGGAUCCGCUCCCUUUUUCCCCUUCCUUUGGGUGUUGUUUCAAAUGUCCAUGAGGCCGCUCAGAGCAUGGCCCUGGAUGAUUUUUGCAAUGCGCAUUUUGCGCUGCCGAGUGCUGCGGACGUCUGGUUGGCGCUGGGAAUCCUGGGCGUCAAUGGAUUGGCUGGACAUGGCCAUGUGGCGCCUUUGAGGAAGGGCACUGAGGCCCAGAAGGAGGCGACAAAGGCGAUCGGGCGCAGCAUCAACAGGGUGCUGGAUCUUGAGACCCGCCUUACGCGGACUUGUGAGCAGGCGGAAAAAGAGCUUUCAAGCCGGUUCCUUAGUUACUCCGGGGAGGAGGUCCCGAAGAUGCAAGUAUUAACCCUAAAAGCGGCACAAGCGGCACUUCCGCCAGUGUCGCACGGGGGGUCCAUUGAUGCGCUGGGUUUGGUUUCAGAAGGUACCCGACGGCUCCUUGAACACCCUGAAGAGUCGUUGUUGGAAACCCCAAAAGAAGGUGUUAAACUGCAGGCUAAGGUCCACAUUUCCCCUCAUGAGGCUCUGGAGUAUUUUCAACUGUUGGUAGAACGGCGUAUUUGCACGUGGGUAGCUGAUGAAGAUGUUUUGCGGGUGAACAAUCAACAGUAUCUCUCCCUGGUUCUGAACAGAAGUGAAAAACUGGCUAUGUUUCAAAGUGACAUGUCCUCAGCGUUCUACCUCUUCAAACUUCCAGCGUGUUGGGCGCCAAACUUGGCUUUCAACAUUGCUUUUCCCGGUGAAUCCCUUGGGCUCCAGAAGGGCACUGUGUACCGCCCCGCGUGCUCAGUGAUUCCAAUGGGAUGGCAUUCAGCCGUCUCGGUCAUGCAGGAGAUCGCUGAGAGGCUGACGGUGCUGGGUCGGCUGCCAGCAUCGCAUAGGGUUCGUCGGACCUCACCUCUCCCAGUGUGGUUGACCGACACGCUGGAUCUAGCAGAGUCCAAGGGGAAGCCUUGGUAUCACGUGUAUCUGGAUAACUUCUGUGCGAUGGAAAAGGUUGGAGAUGACCCUGAUAGGGCUUCAGGUGCUGAAUUGCACCUGGCCCUUGAAAAGGCUUGGGAACGCGCAGGAGUGCUAUCUUCAGCAAAGAAGCGAGUCUCGGAGGCAGGUGUGGUGCAAGAGCUUGGGGCACAAGUGGAUGGAGUCAAGGGGACUCUUGGACCCAGUCCUGAGAGGUUGCUCAAACUGGUGCAAUCGACGCUGGUAGUAUUGGCCAAAGGCAGGCUGAGGAAGAAGUGGGUCCAGGUGAUCGCUGGCAGAUGGGUUCACUGCAUGGUUUUCAGGAGACCAGCCAUGGCGGCUUUGGACUAUACAUGGAUGUUCAUCUCUGGGCAGGUCUCUGGUGAGUCCGUGGAGGCCAAGGUCCGGGGUGAACUGUUUGGGUGCUGCCUGAUGAGCUUGCUGGUCCAUACAAGCUUGCGGUCGACACUCAGCGAGGUGACGACUGCCAGUGACGCUUCAUCGACUGGUGGAGCGGUUGGGAAGAGUGUUUCCCCCAGCAAAGCUGGCAGCCAGUUUGUCGGGCUGGACCGAGGCGGCCAAACUGGGGGGCUGGUAAUACCGGUGCUGGUGCUGUCGUUAUUCAACGGCAUCGGCUGUGCCUUCCGGUGUUACGACCUCUGUGGGGUGCGACCGAUGGUGGCCAUAUCAUACGAGCUCAAUGCAGCCGCAAACAGAAUCACUUCAAGGAGGUGGCCCCAUGUGGAGAUUUGCAAGGACGUGAGGUCCAUUGACCUGGCCACCAUAAAGCGCUGGCGAUACCUCCACCCAGAGGUGGAGGAGGUGCAUGUGUGGGCUGGCUUCCCAUGCGUGGACUUGAGCCGAGUGAAGCUGGGAAGACAAAACUUGGAGGGAGAUCAAAGCAGCCUUUUCUUUGAAAUACCCCGGAUCGUGAAAGACAUCCGGAAGGUGUAUGGCUACAGCUUCAAGGUUCGCUACGUGGUGGAGAACGUCUCGAGCAUGGACGCUGCGGCAGAGGGCGAGAUUUCACAGGUCCUUGGCGGGAAACCCUUGCGCCUGGACCCUUGUCACACAGUCCCAAUUCACAGGCCCAGGUUCUGCUGGUCGAAUACCGACUUGGCACCUAUGGACGGUGUAGAUGUGCAGGAAAAAGAAAGGAUUGCCAGCGGUUUGGUGCUCAACCCUAAGGCUUUUCCUAGAACCCCACCGAUCAUGACAGCAGAGCGUAAGAUGUGGCCAGGGCAUGCCAGUCAGGCUGAGCGUCGUCGGGCCAGAUUGGAUAUAGUCCUGGGGGACAUUGGUAUCACUAGCGCGACAUUGGAGCGCUACUUCUUUGCAGUUUCACGUUUGGCCCCGGUGUUAGAACAGGUCAACACUGAGCUGGAGCUGGACGAAUUCAUCGCAGAAUGGAUACAGGAGCAAUUUGAAGAUGGCUGCCCUCUUCACCUUGUGGCUGAUGCCCUCAGUGGGCUUCAUCACUUCGAGCCCUACACCAAGAAGAAGCUCACCCAGAGCUGGCGCUUGUACUCCAUUUGGAGACGCUAUGAAGUGCCCUGUCGGGCGCCACCGCUGACCAAGGACAUUGUUUUGGCCAUGGCGGGGUUCUCCAUCACCCAUUCAGAGCUUACCAUGGGAGCUUUAUUGCUUCUAGGGUUUCACUGUCUGAUGCGGACGGGGGAGCUGUUACAAAUCAGGCCGUGUGAUUUCAUUUGUGACAAUAAAGUGGGCCUGGUUUCAAUCCCCAGCAGUAAAAGCGGAGUCCGGCACAACGUGCGGGAGAGCGUGACCAUACGCGAUCCUAUCACGCUGGAAACAGUGCUGGCCAUGCUUGAGGUGCGACGAGCCCAGGGCUUUGAGAACACCCCAUGCUGGGACCGCAGUGGAUCAGCGUUUCGGGAGCAGUUCCGUCGCAUCCUGGAAGAGCUGGAGCUGACCCAUUUAAACUUUAGGCCUUACAGCCUCAGACGGGGUGGUGCUACAUUUGAAAUGCAAACACACGGCCUCAUGGAGCGUACGCUCAUUCGAGGAAGAUGGAAAAAUAGCAAUGUGGCUCGAAUUUACAUCUCCGAUGGCCUUUCAAUGCUUCCCAGGUUGCAGAUGACAAUGUCUUCCAAGUUUAAGGUGGCUAGGUUUUCGUCGAUCUUCGCCAACGAGCACCACGCUUAUGCGGCUGGGAGGCCCAUGGCAGGAGCUUCGCCCGAUCUCGGGGCCUUCAGCUUACCUGCCAUGCCCAUGUGUAGUGUAGAGCAGAGCAAUAUUCCGAAGAGUGCAGUGGAGUUGACAGACCUGGAGAUUGGAAUAGUUUCGGGCUUGAGCUUUGGCCAGAUUGAGGUACGACCUGCGCCGAUGGUGGACUUAAGAUCUUACACCUCACCUCUAGAGGAGGCGAUUUCACUUGAGGGCUUUGGGCCCGCCGACGCUACUUGA